AUGAUUUUGACAGUAGGUACUUGGGAAAAAUCGGAACAUUAUUUAAACUCCGAGACACCAUCUAGAUCUAAAAGGCAAAAAGUUCCCGACGUUUUUGUGGAUAAAAAAACCAAGUAUCGCAGACUCUAUUUGGAAAUCAUAGAUACAAUAAUUGUAAAGAUGAAUGAAAGGUUUUCAGGUAUUAAUCAGUUAAAUUUAUUUUCGUCAUUAGAUUUUUCAACAUGUAAUCGCUAUGUUAAACAAUUUCCUACUAAUGCAAUGAAUUCACUAAAAGAAGCAUAUGGAGAGCAUUUUGAUUUUGCUCUAUUCCAUAGUGAACUCUCUAUUGUAUACUCAUCGGCAGAAUAA